GAAGAAAACUUCGAGCUCGCGUUGUCGUGCGGAACGGAUUAGUCGUUCGAUUAGUUGGUAGAUCGUGUAUUUGGUGUUGCUCCUUGUGACCGAGAGAAGAUUAAUCGGAUUUCGUUAAGUGAAAUUGUUCAAGUGAUAAGCAACCGGUAUAUGGUUUCUACUGAAUGUGUUCAUUAACGAAAGGUGACAACUGAACUGUGAUGUAUGCGAGAAACCUUCAUCAACUUUGGCUGGCAAACGAGCAUUGUUAUUGAUUCGUAUUUUAGUUCUGGGAAAUUAAGAAUCUCGAACUUGACAUUUUUUCGGGUUGGAAACUUUCAAGGAUACACUGAAAAUGAGCAUCAAAAUAUUCAUCAUCAGCCUAUUGGCGAUCCUGCCACUGGCCAAGCCGGCUUCCAAAUACUACGAUGGACCGAUUCGGCCGUACGAAUUUGGCUUCAACAUCGAAGGCAACCAGCAUCGGAAGGAAUCGAAAGAUAAAAAUGGAAUAAUCAUGGGCGAAUUCGGAUUCAUCACCGCCGACAACGUGUAUCACGUGACCGUUUAUGCAACGGACGAAAACGGAAACUUCAAAAUCGUGAGCAUGAAAAACUACAAGCUGGGCCCAAGAUCUCCGCCUCCUCCUCCACAGCAAAUAGCAACGACACCGACCACAACAACAACUUCAACGACACCGCAACCGUUCCGCAUCAUGACCACUGCCAAAUCCGCUCUGGAUCCUUCGAAACCAAACGGAUUCAAUGCCUGCUCCGGAUGUAAGAUCCCCGACUCCAGUUCCACAACUUCGAAACCAGCAAAAUCGGAAGCAUCUUCAGGCGAUUCAGAUUCAACACCCGCACCGCCACCGUUUAAAAUAGUCAACAAAAAUGAAAUCGAAAGCGUAAACAACAAUAACUCACCGGCCAGUUCCACCAGCUCCCAAGGCAAGCCCCCAUCUUCCGAGUCGAUCGACGUUCAAGAAGUUCCACAGAAACUGGUCAAACAAGAUCCAAAAGAUCAAUCCGGCGGCUCACGCGAGUCGACAUCGCCCAGCAAGCCGAAAACGCCUGAAGGUAGUCAAUUGCCCACUGCAGCCAGUCAGUCAGAAUCGGGCGGUCGAAAUCCAUCAUCGGAUCAAAAGUCGAAAGAUAAACCUUUCAAAUCGAAUUCAUCGUCAUCAGGUGGAUCUGAUCAGGGAUCCAGUAAUAAUGAAGUUGGUCCAGCUAAGCUGGACGGAGUCAAUAUGGCCAAUACGAUGAUCCAGCACAUCCUUAAUGGAUUACUGUACAGGUUCAACUACACAGUGGGGUAUCAUGGGCACCACGAGCAGGGUGAUCGUAAGGGCAACAAGGAAGGUGGAUACUUUUCGAUAGGCAGGGAUGGUAUCCGGAGAGGAGUUACCUACAAGGCGAAUGAAUUCGGAUUCCAACCACAGAUCAAAUUUGAAAAAGUAAGCCCCGAAGAAACGCCUCGGGAGGAAACGGAAAAACAGGCCGGUCUUAAAGGGUUCGACUUCAAGUGGUUCUGGGGUGGUUCUUCGUAGGACAAAAUUUCGAAGGCUAGCCGGAGAAGUGUGAUCAUUAUUGAGUAGUUUUAGUUGUUAAGAGAGAGUGUCCAGAGAGAGAGUUUCGCUUCCUAAUGGCAAUAGAUAAUACUCAAUUUCAAUGUUCGAAUUGUAAAUAGCCAACU